UCUUGUCAAUGGUGAUGUAAAAAUAUGGCCGUAAUAUCUGUGAAUUAAAGUAAAUUGAAAUUUGUUUUGGUUCGGAUCUUUAGUGUAAAUUAAUGAAAUUAUUAGAGAUCUUUAACACUUGCUUAUUAUCAAUAUACAGUUGCGCCUUCAACUUUCAAGUCUUGAACUUUUUAAGUUUGUGAUAUUGAUUGGAUUGUACCGUGUUCUUUAAAUUUUGAGUAAUGUCCUAUCCGGGCCGACCCCCCAUAAUGCAGGGUCUUCCAAUGUAUGCGAUGCCGAUAGGUGGGCCUCCACCAACUUUAAUGCCACCAGUGAUGCCCAUUCCACAUAUGGUUCCCAUACAAGUGUCUAGCGCUCCUUCAAUUCGGGCCUUUCCCAAACUUAAUCCAAAUCGCAAUGAACUAAAACGAAUGGAAGGGCCUGCAGUGACUGUAUUUGUGGGUAACAUAACAGAAAGAGCUCCUGACGCGAUGAUCCGGCAGAUUUUAGCAGCAUGUGGGCAUGUAAUUAGUUGGAAAAAAGUAAAGGCAUUUGGCUUUUGUGAACUUGCGGGGCCUGAUGCAGGCCUAAGAGCUGUUAGAUUAUUGCAUGAUCUGAUGGUUGGAGAUAAACGUUUGGUUGCCAAGGUGGAUGCUAAGACGCAAGCUGUUUUGGAUGAAUAUAAAGUUGAAAGGCGUCGAAAGCAGAAAGGUUCCCCAUUGCAAGAUGAGCAAGAAGAGGAGGAACUGGAUGAAGAGACUCAGCACUUGGAUGCAAUUACUCGAGAGAGAAUUAAGCAGAUUAUCCUUGAUUAUCAGGAAGAAAUGGCCAACUAUGAGGUCAAAAAGGAAGAGGAAGUGAUGGAGAAGUGGAAUAGGGUUCUGGCUGAUGCAGAAGUGGAGGAAGAAAAACGCGAUUUGAUCACGAGGGAAAUCGGCAAAUUUAGGGAAAUCAUGAAGAAGCAAGAGGAAGAAAAGGAGGUGAGGAAGAAAGAGCGGAAUAGGGAACGCGAGCGAUCACGCAGCCAUUCGCCCAGCCCUAGAAGAAAAGAGAAAGAAGAGAAGAGGAAAAAACGCUCACGGUCAAGAUCUUCACAUGAGCGAAGCAGGGAACGCGAGAGAGAGAGGGAGCGGGAACGUGAACAGCGCGAACGCGAGAGAGAAAAAGAGCGGGAACGCGAAAGGGAGCGCGAGCGGGAAAGGGAAAGGGAGCGAGAACGGGAAAGGGAACGAGAGCGGGAUAGGGAGCGGGAACGGGACCGGGACAAGGACGAUAAGCGAAGCACCAAGGAGCUCCUUAAGGAGAGGGAAAUGGAAGAGGAGGCCAAAGAGAAGAAGAAAGCGGAGAGGAGGGCAAGGGAGAAAGAGGCCGCUUAUCAGGAGAGAUUGCGCGCGUGGGAAACGCGCGAAAGAAGGAAAGCGAAAGAAUACGAAAAAGAGAGGGAACGGGAGCGGUUAAAAGAAGAGGAACGUGAACGGGACGCGAAGCGAUUGAAAGAGUUCCUCGAAGAUUAUGACGACGAGCGAGACGACAUUAAAUAUUACAAGGGCCGAGAGCUGCAAAAACGCAUCGCGGAUAGGCUAAAAGAGGCCGAAUCCGACACCAAGGAUCGGUUAAAGGAGAAGGAAGAGAUGGACGAGUUAAAGAAAAGGAUAUUCGCGGAAGCGCACGAGGAUCCAAAUGCUGAGUUUGAAAAGGCUAGAAGAGAAAGAGAAGAACAAUACAAACCGAAGCUGCUAAUCGAUGUCAACCUAGAACAUUGGAAACAGAAAGAAAAAGAAAAAGAGAGAGAACUGGAAAGACAAAGAGCGAGGGAGCGGGAAAAGCAGAGGGUACUCGAACGGGAGAAACGCCACAAAGAGGAGAGGGAGAAAUAUAUCAAGGCGCAGGCGGCACAGGAACUGGCCGCCGUUGAGGCGGAGCCGAUAGACAGUGAUAGCGAUAUGGACAAUAGCCAUUACAGUCCGCCCCCGCCUCCUGAACCAGAUGAUAAUCUUUCCAAUGACAAUUCUAAUUCGGCCACGUGGACGCAAGUUCAAGCGCCGGACGAAGAAUCGCGGCAGUCGUUCACUUCGCAACACGACGAGACUUCGGGACAAACGCACCUGCAAGGCACGGGAAUGAAAAUAACCUUAUCGAAGCCGAUAGCAUUCAAUAACGCGCACUCACCGACGCAGCAGCACAAGCUGUACGAUCCGAAACGGAGGAAAAUCGAUCUGCGCGACGUGUUCAAUCCGGACGAAGACGACACCGCGACGCAAGUCAAGAAAAGAAAACUGGUACCUUUGGAUUACAACGAAGACAAGAAAUCGAAGAACGGCGAAAAGAAGGACGACGGCGGCAAGAGUCAAGAGGAGAAAAGGAAAACGAUCAAGAACCUCAUCGAGAAGAUACCGACCGAGAAGGACGCGCUUUUCGCGUACCAGUUGGACUGGGGUUCCAUCGAUAACGGCCUCAUGGAGAAGAAGAUCCGUCCCUGGAUCAACAAGAAAAUUAUCGAGUACAUUGGCGAGCCGGAGCCUACCCUGGUGGAUUUUAUUUGCAAUAAAGUGCUGGCCGGCUCGGAACCGCAGACAAUACUAGAGGACGUUCAAAUGGUCUUAGACGAGGAGGCCGAAGUGUUUGUGGUGAAGAUGUGGAGAUUGUUGAUAUACGAAGUGGAAGCGAAAAAACUUGGUUUAGUGAAAUAGCGUCGCUUGUAAAUAGGAUUUGUGCUAAGCCAUAUUUUGUCAUGUCUCAUUUAAUGUAGGUGUAAGCGCGUAUCAGAUAUUAAAUGACUUAUAAUUCAAAAAG